GAAACGUGGCCCGCAAAGAUGAUUCAAGCGAUUCUGGUGUUCAACAACCACGGGAAGCCGCGGCUGGUCCGCUUCUACCAGCGUUUCCCAGAAGAAAUUCAACAACAGAUUGUUCGAGAGACCUUCCAUCUAGUUCUCAAGCGAGAUGACAACAUUUGUAACUUCUUGGAAGGUGGAAGUUUGAUUGGUGGCUCUGACUACAAAUUGAUUUAUCGGCACUAUGCUACACUCUACUUUGUGUUUUGUGUGGAUUCAUCAGAGAGUGAACUUGGAAUCUUGGACCUCAUCCAGGUUUUUGUGGAGACCUUGGAUAAGUGUUUUGAAAAUGUUUGUGAAUUGGAUUUGAUCUUCCAUAUGGAUAAGGUGCACUACAUCCUUCAGGAGGUGGUGAUGGGUGGGAUGGUAUUGGAAACCAACAUGAAUGAAAUUGUGGCUCAGAUUGAAGCUCAAAACAGACUGGAGAAAUCCGAGGGUGGCCUUUCUGCAGCCCCUGCCCGGGCCGUGUCUGCUGUGAAAAACAUCAAUCUGCCAGAGAUUCCUCGCAACAUCAACAUUGGUGAUCUGAACAUCAAAGUCCCCAACCUGUCCCAGUUUGUCUGAGAGUCCACAGCUACUGAACUGCAGUCCUUGAAGCAAGUCAAGCUGGUCCUGCCACAGAGCCCACCUG